UCAACUUCUUCAGAUUCGGAACAAAAAUCAAAACAGACGAAUUUUCAUCGAAAUUCCCAGUGAAAUUCAUCAUUAAUUUAUCAAAAUGGUGCUUUUGACUGCUGUGAGAAACGCCGCUAAACGUGUGCCGAGCAUCAGAUUCCGAGCUGGCCAACCUCAAGCUGCCUCCGCAAGUCAUGGAUCUCAAUCUGCCUCAUCCGGAUCUUCACAAGUAAGCUCAAACGCUCAACCCGUUCGUCAAGGUCAUGCUAUCGAGAGUUAUCAGUUGCCCCCGAGAUACAAGAGACUGCCAAUUGACGAGGCUGAAAUUGAGAUGAUUAACAGCGGAUUUUGGCAUAAAUAAAUUUUUAUUGAAAAAAUAUUCUCAGUCGAUGUUCCAAGCAAUUAGAAACCUAAAUUAUCAAAAAAAGUUUUAUUUUGUGUAAAAAAUUAAAAAGAAUCUAAAUUUUUUGAAUGAAAAUACCUCACAAAUUAAUAAUUUAUUAAAGAUCCAAUAUAGAAUUUGAUUGAAAAUUCAAAAAUUAUGAAUUUU